UCUAGUCUCUCUUUGAAUAAUUGAAGUAAAAUGGGUUCCAAGGCUUUCAUUUACUGUGGUCUUUUCCUUGCCAUUGUCCUUCUCAUCUCCUCCGAAGUGGCCGCAAAUGCUGCGGAGGAAGCUACAAAUCCCAAUGUAGGUGAUGCUAAAUAUGGUGGAGGGUACCAGGGAGAUCCGGGUCGUGGGGGAUACGGUGGCAACCCGGGACACGGUGGAAAUGGAGGAGGAGGAGGAGGAGGAGGAGGGCGUUGCUACUAUGGUUGCUGCAGGCGCAGUUACAAUGGAAGAGAGUGCGUAAGGUGCUGCAACCAUGCUAAUGAGGUUGUUGAUGCACAACCUCAAAACUAAUUAACUAGUUGAUUAAGGCCACUAGUCUGCAUAUGUGCAUGCAGUGUGUGUUUAAUUAGUUGGAUAAUUAUGUAUUAGCAGAUCUGAAGAUGCAUGCGCUCAAUGCUUGAAGUAUUUGAUUCCUUGCAGUAUUUGUAUGAAUAAAACUUCAGAAGCGAGCCAUGCAAAAAAUAAAAUUAAACUAAUUAUCAUGAGUGUUUAGCUGAUGAUAUAUAUAUAUGCUCUUUUAUUU